UUAUGUCAGAAGGUUCGGUUUCGCUUGACAUGGAGGCACGGAGGCUCGCCAUUCUCUCUUCCCAUAUCUGCCCUCUCGGUUCCAGUCAGCCUCGGGGUCGGACUCCCAUCCCACUUUUUUCAACCCUCUCCUUUUCCUAUUGCGCUUCUGAUUCGGAUGAGACUAAGCGGUUGCGUGAUUCUCAGAAGAAGGUUCAACAAAACGACUGUGUUUUUUGCAAGAUUGUAUGCGGUGAAUCACCAGCUCUCAAGCUCUAUGAAGAUGAUGCGUGCCUAUGCAUAUUGGAUACAAGUCCUCUAAGUCAUGUGUAA